UACUGCAACAAGCCAGAGCUGGUCCUGUGACUGACUGUAAGGGAGGAGAGGUAUAAGCAGGGAUAUAAGGGUGCUGAUAAUAUGCUUCAUAGGGAAUAAGCCUUGUAUUUAAUUAAUGGCAAUACAGCAGAUAACUGUACAGAUAUUUCAAAACAAGAAUUGAAUGUAAUAGAAAAUAAAACAAAAGUAUAAACUUCAAGUGCAAUGGUAGGUAGUGUGGAACAACAUAUACAAAACUCAAGGUUGUGGAAGGCACCAUUACAAUAUAGGGGAGCGGUAAACAGUGUAACAGGGAGAUAAGGCAGAGAGUGAACCAUUUAUAAGGAGCUGGUAUAGAGGAACUGCUAUGAGCAAGGAGCUUAUAUAAAAAUAAAAAAGGAAAACAAACACGAGGAAAAGUAGAGCUGGCAAGUGAGUUACUAGUUACAGAAAAGCCCUGGAAAGCAGAGAGGAAGUAAGAAAACGGAGGGGGAGGAGAAAGAAGAGGUGGAAAACACCCAGCAUACCAGUGCAGAGGAGAUCAGCGCUGUAAGGAAGAUGGGGUCAGUGUCUCCCACCUGCGCAUCCUCCUGCUGCUUCUUCAUAGUAUCAGCCCUGAGCCUUGUCCUGCUGGUCAGCUGCACUAGCAGCCGGGAUGUACACGAUAUUUCCAAGAGACCAACUCAUUUAAAGAUGGACCAAGCUUUGCUCCUGUUUAAUAGUGAAUUACACCAUGAGAAGUUUAAUGUAUUUUGGCGUUCUGAUCAGUGCUACCAGUGCCUGUAUCAGCGUUUAGUCAAUGCUGAAAUUGGAAGGCAUAAUUCAAGUGAUGUCACUGCAGUAGUUGAUACUCGUCAUCCCAUGAUGUUGCUGCUUAAUGAUACCAUGGGAAAGAGGGAGCUCUGUCGAAUACACUACAGUUUUAGAGAAUUCGGAAACUACACCUUGUGGGUAAGAAGCAACCUCUCUGUAACCUGUGAAAUAACCAUCAACCAUAACCCUAUCAACAGUUACCUCCCCAUCUUGAUAGCAUUUAUAAUUUAUUUGGCCCUUUUUAUUGUGAUAGCUGUGGGAUUGUUUGUGCUAAGACUUAACGUUGUACGAAAUUGGCUUUGUAAAAAAAUGAACCCUAUUGAAACAGACAGGCUAAUUAAUUCAGAGCUUGGAUCCCCCAACCGAGCUGAUCUGUGUACUGCGGAAUCCCCCCAAGGAAUAUGGAACUCAUCUUCUCAAAGACUCCGUUCUCUUGACACAUUCAGAGGGCUCGCACUUAUAAUCAUGGUUUUUGUGAAUUAUGGCGGUGGAGGCUACUGGUUCUUCAAACAUCAGAGUUGGAAUGGGUUAACAGUUGCAGAUCUUGUUUUCCCAUGGUUUGUAUUUAUCAUGGGAACCUCCAUUUCUCUGUCCUUAAACUCAAUGCUCAGGAAAGGCAACUCACGUUUGAAACUAUUUUGGAAAGUGUUGUGGAGAAGUAUUCAGCUGUUCCUCAUUGGCUUGUUUGUAAUCAAUCAGAAUUAUUGCAACGGCCCUUUGUCUUGGAGUGACAUUCGUAUCAUGGGUGUUCUUCAGCGUCUCAGCAUUACAUAUCUGGUGGUUUCGGUGUUGGAAUUAUUGUUUGCUAAACCCAUUCCAGAGACUCUACCCCAGAAUCGUACUUGUUUCCUGCUUCAAGACGUUGUUCUCUUUUGGCCUCAGUGGCUGUUGGUGUUUGUUCUAGAAGCGUGUUGGCUUUGUCUGACGUUCCUGUUACCUGUUCCUGGUUGUCCUUUGGGCUAUUUGGGUCCUGGUGGAAUUGGAGAUUUUGGCAAUUAUUCAAAUUGUACAGGAGGAGCAGCUGGUUACAUUGAUCGUGUUAUUUUUGGUGAAGAUCAUAUCUACCAGCAUCCAUCAUCCAAUGUGAUCUAUAAAACAACUAUUCCAUAUGAUCCUGAAGGAAUACUUGGAACCAUCAGUUCUGUUGUUAUGGCUUUUUUUGGGCUUCAGGCUGGAAAAAUACUUACAUUUUACAAGAAUCAGCACAAUCAGGUGCUCAUCAGGUUUUUUAUGUGGAGCGUGCUACUGGGCGUGGUGUCAGCAAUUUUAACAAAAUGCUCAACACAUGAAGGAUUUAUUCCAGUAAAUAAAAAUCUGUGGUCACUCUCUUAUGUGACAACUCUCAGUUGCUUUGGCUUCUUCCUCCUGUUACUUAUUUACUACUUGGUAGAUGUGCAAAAGCUCUGGUCUGGAGGUCCUUUUUACUACCCAGGUAUGAACUCUAUACUGGUUUAUGUGGGCCAUGAAGUAUUUGAAAAUUAUUUCCCAUUCAAGUGGAAGAUGACAGACACUCAGUCACAUGCGGAGCACCUCACUCAAAACCUUGUAGCAACUUCUAUUUGGGUACUCAUUUCAUUCAUCCUUUACAGGAAGCGGAUAUUUUGGAAGAUUUAAAAGGACAUUCAUGCUCUCAUCCAAUACAGAUGAGGUUUAAUCUCAUGAUUCAAGUAUUAACUGUGCCAUUUUACAAUCUUAUUGACUUUGUAGAUCAUGCAUUGGCUGACAGAGGAAAAUUCCAGUAUGAGAUGUCAGCCAUUUUGAAGCUUAUGGAAAAGGUUCCUUAAUAUAAAGGGACUGUUUUAAAGCUAAGUUUCUGUAGGUAAAAUAAUAUUUAUCUUAAGUGUGUGGAUCCUUUAAAGGGACAUUAAAGUAAUUUUUUUAUAUAUAUAUGCAUAGUGUACAUUAGGAAUUUAGCACCACAUUAAAGGGACAGUCUACUCCAGAAUUUGUAUUGUUUAAAAAUAGAUAAACCCUUUAUUUACCCAGUUUUGCAUAACCAACAAGGUUAUAUUAAUAUACUUUGUACCUCUGAUUUCUAAGCCACUGCAGACAGCCCCCUUAUCUCAGUUCUUUUGACAGACUUGCAUUUGAGCCAAUCAGUGCUGACUCAUAAUUAACUCCAUAGGAGUGAGCACAAUGUUAUCUAUAUAGCACACAUGAACUAGCGUUGUCUAGCUGUGAAAAACUGUCAAAAUGCAGUGAGAUAAGAGGCUGCCUUCAAGGCUUAGAAAUUAGCAUAUGAGCCUACUUAGGUCUAGCUUUCAACAAAGAACACAUAGAGAACAAAGCAAAUUAGAUGAUAAAAGUGAAUUGGAAAUUGCAUGCCCUAUCUGAAUCAUGAAAGUUUAAUUUGACUAGAAUGUUCCUUUUAAAAUAUAUGCAUAAAAAAUAGAUGUUUUAAACGCAUUUAAAAUGUUUAUUUCUCCAACAUAGGUGUGUCCGGUCCACGGCGUCAUCCUUACUUGUGGGAUAUUCUCUUCCCCAACAGGA